ACAGAAUCGAAGGCUUCCUCCAUCAAUUGUUAGAUCCAUCUUCGCAACAAGACAAACAACGUACAAGAGAGGAGGAGGAGGAGGAGGAGGAGGAGGAGUCGGGCCGUCCGGAGAAAGAAGAAAGGAAGGAAGAAGAAGAUGGCCGACGGCGAGGACAUCCAGCCGCUGGUGUGCGACAACGGAACCGGUAUGGUGAAGGCGGGGUUCGCCGGCGACGACGCGCCGCGGGCGGUGUUCCCGAGCAUCGUGGGGCGGCCGCGGCACACGGGCGUGAUGGUGGGCAUGGGGCAGAAGGACGCGUACGUGGGCGACGAGGCGCAGUCCAAGCGUGGCAUCCUCACCCUCAAGUACCCCAUCGAGCACGGCAUCGUCUCCAACUGGGACGACAUGGAGAAGAUCUGGCAUCACACCUUCUACAACGAGCUCCGCGUCGCCCCCGAGGAGCACCCCGUCCUUCUCACCGAGGCUCCACUCAACCCCAAGGCCAACCGUGAGAAGAUGACCCAGAUCAUGUUUGAGACCUUCAACACCCCCGCCAUGUACGUCGCCAUCCAGGCCGUCCUCUCCCUCUACGCCUCCGGACGAACCACCGGUAUCGUGCUGGACUCUGGUGAUGGUGUGAGCCACACGGUGCCCAUCUACGAGGGGUACGCGCUGCCGCACGCCAUCCUCCGACUGGACCUCGCCGGACGCGACCUCACCGACCACCUCAUGAAGAUCCUGACGGAGCGCGGCUACUCCUUCACCACGACGGCGGAGCGGGAAAUCGUGCGGGACAUGAAGGAGAAGCUCUCCUACAUCGCCCUCGACUACGACCAGGAGAUGGAGACCUCCAAGACCAGCUCCUCCGUGGAGAAGAGCUACGAGCUGCCCGACGGCCAGGUCAUCACCAUCGGCGCCGAGCGCUUCCGCUGCCCCGAGGUGCUCUUCCAGCCAUCCUUCAUCGGGAUGGAAGCCGCCGGGAUCCACGAGACCACCUACAACUCCAUCAUGAAGUGCGACGUGGACAUCAGGAAGGACCUCUACGGCAACAUCGUCCUCUCCGGAGGAACAACCAUGUUCACCGGCAUCGCCGACAGGAUGAGCAAGGAGAUCACCGCCCUCGCGCCCAGCAGCAUGAAGAUCAAGGUCGUCGCCCCGCCCGAGAGGAAGUACAGUGUCUGGAUCGGAGGAUCCAUCCUUGCCUCCCUCAGCACCUUCCAGCAGAUGUGGAUCGCCAAGGCCGAGUACGACGAAUCCGGACCAUCCAUCGUCCACCGGAAAUGCUUCUAGAACCCUUCAUCCAUCGUCCAUCUCCCCCUCCCCUCCCCUGCAUCAUCAUCGUCAUCGUCAUCGUCGUCGUCAUCACCACCACCACCAACACCAUCAUCAUCACCAAACAAUACAAAACAAAAGUAAAGGCGCGCCGAUCAUGGGAACAUCACUACUGUGGUACUGCCGGGGCGCCCGCUCGAUCGACCACGUCUCAUCGUCGUCGAUGAUCCUCUUUUUGUUUCCCUUUGUUUUUUUUCUUUCUUGACAAUCUUUUUACAUAAAUCAUCUUCUUUCCUUUUUGUUUUCUUACUUCCAUUGUAAUUAAUUGGAGAUGCUAUCCAUGCAUUCAAUUCCAUUGUCAUUUGUUUUGUGGAUGACGUGCACUUAAGCGGUAUGCUUGAAUUCAAUCUAAUCUAAAGGCCGGCUAGCGGCCGAGAUGAUUACUAUUGAU